AUGGCCAUCACCAAAUUCUCACCCUAUCGCGCUAUUAGCAGCCGAAGAUUUCGCAGCACUCACAAUGCAUCUUCGGCGACUGGGCCUAACAAGCGUCCUAGGACAGACCAGUCCGGGGACGAGGCGGACAGCGCCGCGGACGACGAAGACUCGACCUCUAAGACUGACGCAUCGGACGCAUCGGACGCAUCGGACGCAUCGGUAGGCCCUGCGAGAACACGGGACGAGGAGUUUUGGCUCGAGGACGGAAACAUCAUACUCGUGGCCGGCGACGUCGAGUUCCGCGUUGUCAAGAGCAUUCUCGCCGAACACUCUCCUGUCUUCAGCUACAUGUUCUCGCUACCGCAACUCCCGUCCACUCCAGACUCGCCCUCGAACCCAUGCCCCGUCGUCUACCUUUCCGACUCGCCGGAGGACCUGAGGCACAUUCUGCGAGUUUCAAUGCCCAAAAGCAGCACCAGCCCGUUCACGAACAAACCGUCAUACCACAUGCUCUCCGCGACACUCCGUCUGGGCCACAAGUAUCAGAUGCACAACCUGGUUAAACACGGCGUGGAAUACCUACAGAAAUGGUUCACUUCCGAUCUCGACACAUGGGAAGAAGAACCGCUGUACGACGACGCGCCCUUCGAGCGUGUCUACGCCAUCGGCGUGGUCAACCUCGCCCGUCUGCUCGGCGAGCCGUCUCUUCUCCCCACCGCGCUCCUCGCGUGCUGCACGCUCGGGGCGGACAUCGUCAAAGGGUUCGCGCGCGAGGACGGCACACAUGAAAGCUUAUCGGUGGACGACCUCGGGCGCUGCUUUGCGGCACGCAUGCGCCUGGCCCGACACGGGGUGAUCAUCGCGGCUACUGCCUUCUCCCCGCCCGUCUCGGAUGGCUGCAGAAAACCACAGACAUGCAGGGAGGAACUGCAAAACAUGCUCGCGAGGCUGAAGGAGCCACAGACAGCCGAGAACAUGUUGGAUGCGGACAUAUUCUCCUCCGCGGUGCGGGUGCUCACCUGGGGUGUUGGAGGACCAUGUUCGAGCUGCAUAGAGAUGAUCAGAACUCGGGACUCGGAGCAGCGGCAAGCCUUGUGGAAACUUCUCCCUAAGGUCAUGGGUGUGGACGACGUCCUUGACUUGGAGCUGUGGGCUAAACCCUCUCUCGAAUGA